AUGAAGACCCCCUUUACCAUCCCUAUAUUAUCCUCCACCUCGCCCUCUUCCGCAACCGCGGCAAGCCCCAGCGCAGAUUCAGAAAACCAACCCGCGGCCCCCAACCUCGAAAUCCACACCCUCCCCUCCCAUAAUGGCGGCAUUCUCCUCCGCGUCAUCCCCCCUUCUUCUCCUCCCAACUUCCAAAGCGGAGAUCAUGACUUCCACCAUGUUCCCUGCGACAUCGUCCUCGCCAUCGACGUCUCAGGCAGCAUGUCUGCCGACGCUCCAGUGCCAACUACCACUUCCGACGACGACCCAGACCAGCAACACCCGGAGCACAACGGCCUCUCAGUCUUAGACCUAGUCAAGCACGCCGCCCGCACCAUUGCCUCUACGCUUAAUGAAUCCGACCGUCUGGGCAUCGUUACUUUUUCUACCGAAGCCAAAGUCCUGCAACCGUUGAUGCCCAUGACGGCACUCAACAAGAAGAAAACGGAGAGGAACCUGGGCGGGAUGCAACCCACUAGCGCGACGAAUUUGUGGGGAGGCAUUGUCGAGGGACUCAAGUUAUUCGGGAAGGAUAAUGGCGGGAGUGGAAGGGUGCCGGCGCUCAUGGUCCUGACGGAUGGUAUGCCGAAUCACAUGUGUCCGGCGCAAGGGUAUGUGGCAAAGCUGAAAGGAAUGGAGAGAGCGUGGCGGAGAUUGGAGGCGGGGGUUAUUCGUUUUAUUCCGGAUGCGGGGAUGAUUGGAACUGUGUUCGUUCAUUCGGUUGCGAACCUCCUAUCGACGUUCGCAAACAAUGUCGUCUUACGCCUUACUUACCCCAAGUACUUGGGUCUCAAGGAGACAACGGGACAGUCGGUGGACAAGGUAGAGCCCGUCGGGCUUGGAAAAGAGGAUGAGAUAACAGAGCAGGCGGUUGAGAAAGCAGAGCCUGCCCAGCCCGAAAAGGAGGUCGAUGACCCAGACUCCUUGAUGCAACUUACUCUCAAUCUCAGCACCCUUCAAUACGGCCAGUCCCGCGACAUAUUCCUCAGUUACGACAGGAAAGCCCAGGAAGCCAUCGACGACGGUUUCGACUUCGAAUCCCCUCCCUCGGUGCUCGCCACGCUCGACUACCAACACUUCACCAACAUCACCAACACCAUCAUCUCCAAGUGUGAAGACAUCUUCCGACCCAACCCCCUCGUCAAGCAGCUGACCCCCGCUCAAAUCGCCUACCACAUCUCCCGCUCCACCCUCAUCUCCUUCCUCUCCUCCCUCUACCCCCUCCGCCGUGACGGCGAGCACCAACCACGCUUCUUCGCUCGCAGCCUCGCCACCUCGCUGCAAUCUUUCCUCUCCACUCUGCCCGCCGCCCAACCCGCCUUCGCCUCUGACCCUCACUGCCGCUCGCUCGUCCAAGACCUCACCGGCAGCAGCACGUCCUUCAUCAACGACCCCGCCCACAACCAAGACGGCCAAGUCGCCCUGGCUCUGACCAACAUGGACUUUUACAACCGCUGGGGUAUCCACUACCUGCCCUCUCUAGCGGGUGCGCACGCCCGGCAGGUGUGCAACAGCUUCAAGGACCCUGGCCCACUAAUGUAUGGCACCGACAGCCCGCUGUUCAUCAAGUGUCGGGACCGGUUAGAUGCGGCGUUUGAUUCGCUGCCGGCGCCGAAGCCGAGUCGGACCACGGGGUUCACGGGCGAGAUUAGCAUGCGGGCGUAUAACAGGAGCGGAAAUCCUUGCUUUGCUGGGGAGUCGAGGGUUAAGAUCGCUGUUUCUGAAGAGCAAGAGGAGGAUAGUGAUCAGGCGGUGGUGUCAAGGGAGAUUGCCAUCAGUGAGCUGCGAAAGGGAAUGAUGGUACAGACGCCAAAGGGGUUUAGGAAGGUAAGAGCCGUUCUGAAGACGCCUGUUGAGAACGAGAGAAUGUGUUUGGUUAGGGUGGCCGAGGCUGAAGGAAGGGCAGGAGUAGGAGGAGUAGGAUCGCUGCUGGUUACGCCGUGGCAUCCUAUCUCGCUUGAUGAUGGGAAGGGCUGGGUGUUCCCGAUGGAUGUUGCGCAUGGCGAUACUGUCAGCUACACUGGGGAUAUGCACUCGGUCCUGCUAAAGAAUGAUCCAGAUGUGGACGCCCACGCCAUCAUGGUUGAGGACGUGUGGGGAGUCACGCUAGGUCAUGGGUUGACGGGAACGGGAGAGGGUGAAGUGACAGGCGCGGAAGAUGUGAGGACGCAUCGCUUCUUUGGUGACUAUGACCUUGUGGUUCAGAGUCUGGCGAAGUUGCAGUGCAACCAAGAUGGGUUGGUGAUGGGAGGAGGCGUGAAGAGAGACGGGCAAACUGGUCUCGUCAAUGGGUUUAAGAGGAGAUCAGAGCAUGUGCAAGGUGGCACCGUGGCUUCGAAAAGAGUAGAAUUGCUCGUUGAAGCAGUGGUGAUGGUUUGUUAG